UGGAAGUAUAUAAUGCGGGUCCCGCCCAUCCACGGCCUCUUUUGCGUCAGCUCCGACAGGAGACUCUCUAUACGGCUUUGUCGAUUUUUACCCAUCGUAGCUUCAGGGGUGACUAACAAUGUCCGGAGGUCUGGAUGUCCUGCAAAUGAAGGAGGAAGAUGUCCUCAAGUUCCUGGCUGCAGGAACACACUUGGGUGGCACUAACCUCGACUUCCAAAUGGAGCAAUAUGUCUACAAACGGAAAAGUGAUGGUAUUUACAUUAUAAAUCUGAAACGGACAUGGGAGAAGCUUCUGCUUGCUGCACGUGCCAUUGUAGCCAUUGAAAACCCAGCUGAUGUCUGUGUGAUUUCCUCCAGAAAUACUGGCCAGAGGGCUGUCCUGAAAUUCGCUUCUGGCUGUGGGGCCACCCCAAUUGCUGGUCGCUUCACACCUGGUACUUUCACCAAUCAGAUUCAAGCUGCUUUCCGUGAGCCACGCCUGUUAGUUGUGACUGACCCACGAGCUGAUCAUCAACCACUUACAGAGGCAUCAUAUGUCAAUAUUCCUACUAUUGCUCUCUGCAAUACAGAUUCACCCCUACGUUAUGUGGAUAUUGCCAUCCCCUGUAACAACAAGGGUGCCCAUUCUGUUGGUCUUAUGUGGUGGAUGCUAGCACGUGAAGUUUUGCGCAUGAGAGGAACGAUUUCCCGUGAACAUCCAUGGGAAGUCAUGCCUGAUCUCUAUUUCUACAGGGAUCCUGAGGAGAUUGAGAAGGAAGAACAGGCUGCUGCAGAGAAGGCUACCACUAAGGAGGAAUAUCAGGGUGAAUGGUCUGCAAAUGUUCCAGAGUUUAAUCAGCCUGAAGUACAUGACUGGUCAGAAGGAGUACCAGUCCCAUCUGUGCCCAUUCAGCAAUUUCCUGCAGAGCGUCCCGAUGUCCCGACGACAGCAGCAGCAGCAGCUGCAGCAGCUCCCAAACCUGCAGCCGAAGAUUGGAGCUCCCAGCCCGCUAGCACAGAUGACUGGUCUGCUGCCCCAACUGCUCAGGCAUCCGAGUGGGUGGGAACAACUACUGAAUGGUCUUAAAACAUUCUGGUGGUGUCUGUGUUGAAACAUCAUGGUGGACUUUGAAAUAAACAUGUUUUUGGAUAUC